AGCCCGUAUUGUAUCGAUUCGUCAGAUGAUGACGGUCGCGUAGAUGGUGGGAUGGUGCGCGAUACACGCUGAUUACGUUGUCGGAAAUCAUGUGAUUCAGUCAAAAGAUUUCCUCGCUUUCGCUUUCCUCAUACAGCGCGUAGCGCGUAGUUUGGCAGUGUCGUUGGUGUCGUCGGAGCAGUCGGGUUUCAGUCGCCCGCGGUCCAACCAGUUCAACCAUGCACGCCGUUCGCCUGGUUUGCGCCGUCGCGGCGCUCUCCGUGGUUACGGCAAACGUUGCGGGCCACUGCGUUCAGAGAGGGAACUGUGGCAAGGACAAGUUGACCAUGAAAACUAUCCCUUGCGUGGACUACGGACCACCAAACAAUGUCAGCGCUGACUCUCUCAAGCUCCUCGCAAACGUGUGUCCAGACCUGCUGAAAGGUGGGGCUAACAAGUUCUGCUGCGACGAUCACUCGGUGAAGGAGCUCAGCGACAACCUGGCACUCAUGCGGCUCAUGACCGGAAGCUGCCCGUCGUGCUUCUACAACCUGGCGCGGGUCUUUUGCGUCAUGACCUGCUCGCCGCACCAGGACACCUUUCAGGAGGUUGCCGAGAAGCAGCCAGAGCCGGGCAAGGGCCUGGUCACUCUCAACUACUACAUGAGCAGUGCGUACGCCAAGGGAACCUUCGACUCCUGCUACGGCCUCCAGUUCGGGGGUGCUUCGGUCACCAAGAUCCUGUGCGGGAGCUAUGCAGACAACUGCGUCCCCGAGACUCUGCUCAUGUCCCUGGGAGCCCACGACAGCCUGCACUCUCCAUUCGAGAUCGACUUCCAGUUCUCUGACGUUCCCGUGGUGUCCAAGAACAAGACGUAUGUGCCAAUGAAUGACACGUUCCGCAAAUGUUCCGAACCGGGAGCUCCUGGCAAGGAAGCCUGCAGCUGCUCCUCUUGCUUGGAUGCCUGUUCGAAGAUCGUCCCGGUCUAUCCUCAAGACCCAAAGCCGUGGACGAUCUUCAGAGUUGAUGGCUUCUACAUUGUGGCCGGCAUCGUCUUCAGCAUCUUCUUGGUGAUCGUCCUUGCGGUGGCGGUCAGCGGUUAUGUUCUCCGGAGGUUCAAAGACGAGGCCAACCUGAGUUCAACGAACUCUGACGAAGAUCUCCUCAAGGCCGACGAUGAGAUGGGUGGCGGUGGCAUCCUCCAGACGGCCUUGGUGGUAGGGUUUGGGCGCUGGGGCGGCUUCUGUGCUCGCCACCCGCUGCCCGUGCUCGCCGCGUCGGCCGCUGUCGUGGUGAUCUGCUGCUCCGGUCUGGCGUUCUUAACCAUCCUCACUGAUCCUGUGAAGCUCUGGUCGGCGCCGGGAAGCCAGGCACGCGUCGAACGCAAUCUCUUCAACAAGGAGUUUGGGCCAUUCUACCGCAUAGAGCAGGUGAUUGUGACGCGGAACGACGGCGAACCCUUCAAUUAUCUGGUGAAGAAGAUCGGCUUCAACCGGACUGUCACGUUCGGCAGUGUGUUUGAAAAGCACUUCUUUCAUGAGGUGGCUGCUCUGCAGGAGUCCCUGCUGCAACUCACCGCGGAACACGACGGCCGCAGCGUGACGCUGAAGGACAUCUGCAACUCGCCGAUGGACAAUGGAGAGUGUCUGAUCAUGUCCCCGAUCAACUAUUUUCAGAACAAUGCGUCUCUGCUGGAUCUAGAAGACCAGGGCAGAACGUACCUUGAGCAUCUCGACUUCUGCCUAAGUGGCCCCCUUUCUGUGGAAGACAAGACGUUUGCGAACCUGUCCUGCCUCGGGGCAUACGGUGGACCAGUGUUUCCCUUCGUCGCGCUCGGAGGCGUUCACGACGGCAAUUACGCCAACUCUUCCGCUCUCGUCAUCACCCUGAUGGUGAACAACAACGUCGACCCGUCGCUCGUGGCGCCUGCCAUCGCAUGGGAACGUUUGUUCAUAGAAACUUUGAAGAACUUCUCGCACCCCAACAUGAGUGUGUCCUUCCUUUCGGAGAUAUCUAUUGAAGACGAAUUACAGAGGGAAAGCCAGUCGGAUGUGUUGACGGUCCUGAUCAGUUACUUCAUCAUGUUUGUGUAUGUGUCUCUUGCCUUGGGUCAGUACCGAUCAUGGUCAACCCUCAUGAUGGACUCUCAGGUGACUCUGGGACUGAGUGGAGUGGUGAUAGUGCUUGCCUCGGUGGCUUCCUCGCUGGGUCUUUUCAGCUUUGCGGGCUCGCCGGUCACCCUGAUCGUCAUCGAAGUGAUUCCGUUCCUUGUGUUGGCCGUGGGUGUCGACAACAUCUUCAUUUUGGUCCAGGGAUUUCAGAGGGCAAACGUCCUAGACGAGGAACCCCUUGAUCAAAAGGUGUCUCGGGUGGUGGGCAACCUUGGUCCCUCCCUCAUGCUGGCCAGCGUCUCUGAGGCAGCCUGCUUCUUGCUCGGGGGAUUGAGCACAAUGCCAGCUGUGAGGACGUUUGCCCUGUACGCUGGUGUGGCACUCCUUUUGGAUUUCCUGCUCCAAGUGACCUGCUUUGUCGCCUUGCUUACAUUGGAUGCUAAGAGACAGAGGGCCCGGCGUCUGGACAUGUGCUGCUGCAUCAGUCGCACUCCGGAACUCCUCGAAGAACCGCCGUCCAACGGUUUCCUGUACGGCCUCUUUGAGAAAUAUUACGCACCGGCUUUAAUGAAGGCACCUGUCAGACUGGUUGUUAUGCUGGUUUUUGUGGGCUGGGCAUGUAUCUCCCUCGCUGUCACAAACAAGAUAGAGAUCGGCUUGGACCAGGAGAUCGCAAUGCCUCUGGACUCCUACCUUCAAGGCUACUUCCACAUGCAGAAGACCGCGCUGGCCGUGGGGCCUCCGCUGUACUUUGUGGUGCAGCCGGGGUACAACUACACCGGCAAGAAGGACCAGGACCUGGUGUGCGGGUCUGCGGGCUGCGCCCCAGACUCUCUAGUCUCCCAGAUCCAACUGGCGUCCAUCUACAGCAACGUGACAACCAUCUCGCAACCCGCCCAGUCUUGGCUCGACGACUACAUCUCGUGGAGCGGGACCCAGGACUGCUGCCGAAUGAACGCGACGACAAAGCAGUUUUGUCCGAGGCACGAGAAUACCACUGGAUGUGUUUCCUGCCUGUCUGACCAGAAAACGAUGUCCCGACCUCUGGGCGAAACAUUCUCAAGGUUCCUGCCAGACUUUCUGGAUGAUGUUCCAGACCCGAAAUGUCCCAAGGGAGGCCAUGCUGCUUAUUCAAAUGCUGUGCAGCUCUACAACUCUAAUGGCUCCACAAUUGGAGCCACGCAGUUUAUGGCGUAUCACGCACCGCUAGCCAACUCUGGGGACUUCACCCACGGCAUCAAGAUGUCGCGAUUCAUUGCUGACAACGUCACAGCCACUCUCCGAGCUUCGUCCACAGCCCACAAUGCCACCGUGUUCCCAUACAGCAUCUUCCACGUCUUCUACGAGCAGUACCUGACGAUAGUUAACGAAGCACUGCUGCACCUGGGGAUAUCGGUGGCUGGCAUCUUCGUCAUCACCUUCCUGCUGCUCGACCUCGACCUGCAUGCAGCGGCUGUGGUCUGCCUCACCAUUCUGAUGAUACUGGUGGACCUCCUGGGAAUCAUGUACUUCUGGGGCAUCGCCCUCAAUGCCGUCUCUCUUGUCAACCUCGUCAUGGCCGUGGGUAUCUCUGUGGAGUUCUGCUCACACAUUGUGCGUGCAUUCCUCGUGAGCAGCCGGUCGACCCGUCUGCUUCGGUCGCAAGAUUCCCUUGCGAGAAUGGGCAGCUCGGUGUUGUCCGGGAUCACGUUGACCAAGUUCGGGGGCGUGGUCGUGUUGGCGUUCUCCACGUCGCAGCUGUUCCGGAUAUUCUACUUCCGGAUGUACCUGUCCAUCGUGCUAAUUGGCGCGGCACACGGGCUCGUCUUCCUGCCAGUUCUGCUCAGCUAUGCCGGCCCAGCUACCAAACGUCGGAGACAAGGGACGCACUGAAAACUAUCCUAGAAUCUUGCCCAAUACCUCAACAGACUGGGGGAUGCAGCACUGUAAAUACUUAGGCUGUGGAGAUGACUGUGACUUGUGCGAGAUUAGGGUGCUAAGGUUGUGUUGUUGAAAACGCCGAAAAAAUGUUUGGGAGCCAGAAGGAUAAACAAAAAAUUGAUGACGUGGGAUUUUUUUUUCCUUUUUAAUAAUUAAUUUUGAAGACGUGACAAAAACGAAUGGCGCAAAGCCAACAGUUUAGGCGUUUCCCUGUUAACUGAUCUCGUGGAGGGUUGCCUGUGCCGAGAUGCGUUAGUUUUAGGCUUCGACCUGUUGGGGAAACUGGUGAUUCUAUGAUAGCAGUAAGGUUGGGCAAUCUGUUGUUUUCAAGGAUGUGGAUAUAUAAUCUCACGCAAAUCUUGCCUUUGCAGCAAACUUUUUGUAUACGUAAAUAUUCAAGACGGAGUGAAGAUUGCAGGGUCAGAGGCUGUCCUUAGGUGCCGACAGGUUUUUCUAAGGGAACUUGUAAAGGGUUCCAAAAAUGUUUGUUAAUGGUAUGAUCACGGUAUUUUAGAUAUUUGUUUUUCCUACUUGAUUUGUUACAAAUAGAUUAGUGCUAUUUCUUGCCUUUGUACUGAUACCAGAUCUUGCCACCAAAGAGUAUUUAAUUGCAAAAAUGUUGUUCUGUUCAAACCACAGUGCACCUACACAACUCACCUCAUAGACUACAAACUACUCACUGUUGACUGUUAUUUUAGAUGCCCUAAUAAAAUCUCAUUUAUUAAA